CCGCUCUCUUCUGUCAGCGCGCGCGCAUCGGAACGUGGUCUCGAGCGCUGAAUAUUAAUAAUAAUAUAUUUAACGCUUGUAGAAAUAAAAAUAAUUAUUAAAUAUUUCUCCGAAGACUGAAGAUGCUGAACGUCGUGGCCAAACAGCUCAGAAGUCACCCGGCUCUGAUCCCUCUGUUCGUGUUCAUUGGUGGUGGAGCGACCAUGUCUGUGCUCUACCUUUGCCGUCUGGCUCUGAAGAACCCAGAGUGCUCAUGGGAUCGUACCAACAACCCAGAGCCCUGGAACAAACUGGGCCCCAAUGACCAAUACAAGCUCUUCUCAGUCAAUAUGGACUACUCCAAACUGAAGAAGGACAGGCCGGACUUUUAAAGCAUUCCCAUGCUCGACUGACGGGUGCGCUCAGCACCCCAGAAGCCAAUCCGCACAAAAACCGGAGAGCAUAAAUCCACCAUGGCACUGAGGUCAUCAUCAUUUCAGACAGGGAACACAUUCAAGCUGCCUUUAUAUACAUUUGUGUGCACAAAUACAUAAAUAAACACAUGUUUUUUGUACUGUAAACGGAUUAAACCUAAACCGUAUUUAUUGCCAUGUAGUACCAGGGACUAGAAAUGGUUCAAAGAGCCAAACAGCGCUGACCCUGUUAUCAGGAGAUCACAAGUUUGAUCCCUGGUGAUGCUCAGCCAGGAGUCCAGGAGAGCACAAUUGGCCCCGGUGAGUAGGAUGGCCCUCCAACUCCCCCCAUCACAGGCGUCUGUUAGCUGGCAUAACAGAACUGGCGGUUUAAUGUUCUCCUCCUAGCGUGUAUAGCUGUCCAAUGACGUUACGUUAGCAGCAGUUCAAAAAGAUGCAGUGGUGCUUCACAGGUCUUGGAGGAGGCCUUGUGCAGUGCAGGCCUUCGCCCUCCUAGCAUUGGUGGUGUUGUGUGAUUGGGGGAGUCCUAACUAGCAGGUGGACUUGGAUACGGCUAAAAAAGCCGUGAAGGAGUGUUAACUUGACGAUAACAUAAUUUUUGAUGUUUAUUUAAAAAUAUUGCUUUGCUUUCUCAAAUGCACAGCUCCUGUAGGUUCUACAUAGUAGUGCCACAUAGAAGUACUACAUUGAUAAUAGUAAUAAUGAACGUACAACUACAGUGACUUAUUCAACGUUUUACAAACUGCACUGUACUAAAUCUACUUUAACAGGCCUAAUCAUGAUCACUUUGUGAUUAAAUAUAUAGUUAGUCAGUUUCUUCAAGUGCUGAUGAUAUGCUCAGAAAAGCAUAUAAUGAUGGCAUAUUGUCAUAUUGCCCACUCCUAUGUUCUGGACAAACUUUAUGCAAAUGAGCUGAGCGGUGCCCAAUCACAUUGUACAGCUGUGUCAUGUCCACAGUCAUGCAGUGGGAUUUAAAAAAGUUAUGAUAAAUUAUAUUUAUUAAGUUUAAAAAAACAAUAUAAUCAGUAUAAUAAUAGGUUGAUUUGGGGCCUACACUCGGACCUCCAGAGCGGUCAGCAGCUGGCUGUUAGGAAAAUGCAGCAUUAAUAUAAACUGUGUGGUUAAUGCAAUUUUGAAACAUACAUAAAUAAAAUUGAAAAGUUCAGUAGUAAGUUUACAUCGUCAUCAGAACUUUUAAAUAAUGCUGUUUUUAGGAGGUGCAGUCCCGAAACCUGGAGUUGCUGCAGCACCAUCAGCACUUCCCACCUCCCUGUUUAGGCAAAGUUUCACACUGCUACACUGUCAGACUCCAAAACAUGGUACUAGUUCUAGUCCUUGGUCAAAACACUUUUACAUACCUCAUCAGAAAUAUUUCUUCAUACUUCUUAUUUAUGAUUCCACUCUGUAAGCCAAACAGCCAUGUGCACAUGCAUGAAAGAACCGCUUCAUUUGUGCCGAAACUUCACUACAGUGUCAUUGGUGCCACUUAAUUUAUCUGACAAUAAAUAUUGACUUGAAUUCUUCAAGUGAAUCUA